AACACCGACUCUCCUUAAGCAAUGAAUGAAGAAAGGCCCUCCCUUCUGCACUUUGUAAUUGCAAUAUUUACUACAAAUUUCCCCUUCCUGCAUACUUCUUGGGAUUUUUCCAAACAAUUAAUACAUUUCCUGGCCUCAAUUUACACUCUUCUUCUACCCAAUACUUCAAUUCAAUUCAAUUCAAUUCCAUAACUCUGUUUCUCUCUCCUCUCUCUUUCUCUCUCUCUCUCUCUCUCUCUAUACACCCUACACCCUCCACCUCUCUCCCUCAAUUAAAUUAAGCUUUAAAUCACUCCCCCCUUCAUUUUCCUUAUAUAAAAUGGCCUUCAAGGUCCAUCCUUUCUCGCACAACAUAGAUCACUUCGCUGCUUCUAUCCCUGUCACUCUCUUUUCUGUCAUUCCUCUUCUUCCACCAACCAACCUUACACAAGGGGAAGCCAUGAAUCGCAGAAACGGAAGUGGUCCAAAGCUUGACUUGAAGCUGAACCUAUCCCCACCGAGGGUUGACAGGAGACUGGAGUCGCCGACAAGAUCCGCGACGGUGUCUCCGACGUCACCACCGAGCUCUUGUGUGUCAUCGGAGCUCAACCAAGAGGACAACCCAAGAUACUCUGACAGCCCUGAAGCCACUUCCAUGGUUCUUGUAGGUUGUCCUCGUUGCCUCAUGUACGUGAUGCUCGCUGAAGAUGACGCCAAGUGCCCCAAAUGCAAAAGCACCGUUUUGCUUGAUUUUCUUCAUGACAACAACAACAACACCAACAACGACAACAACAACAACAAAAAAACCCACCGUUAGAAGGAGCUAGAGUUAGGAUCCCCUGUUUCUAGCUCUGUUUUUCUCUGCUGUUAUUGGUAUCGCUAUUCCUAGUUGUAGGACAUAAUAUAUUAGCUUUUAAUCCUAGGAAUCUCCUUUUUAAAUUACUUUUUUUUUUUAAUUUUUUUAACUAUUUUCCCCUUGUAUGAAUAGUGCUACGUGCGCUCCACUUUUACCUUCUCUGUAUUCUGCUUUCAUUGAGGAAAUCCCAACAAUUUUGUCAAAGCAGGGGAUGCAGAAACAGAGUGGAGCGUAAAUAGCACUAUUUCUAAUCACAUAUAGAAAGUAAGUUACUGGGAAAUUGGGAAUGUUAGGAGUAUCUAUAUGGGAACUGGGGCUUUAGGUUCAGAUUUCCUGCUAAAAGUGUAAUAGGGCUUAACCUCAGGUGCCCUCUUAAUUUGCUUGUUGAAAUUU